GGUCCUCGCUCUUUCUCUGCCUUGUUCUCUCAUUCUACAUCAUUCCGUGCUACGUCUUUGCUUGAAGCAUACUGUAAAAGCUUUUGUAACCAGAUGGAAGUAAAGCUGCUGCUACUUGCUUGGAAAAUCAUAUGUAUGUAAUCCUGAGGUUUGUGCUAUUGAGGAUGGAAUUUUUGCUGUUGGAGAAGAAGCAAUCAGAUAUGCAGUCAGAAUUUUAAGACCAGCUCAGAGUGCACUUGAUUUCUUUGGCUGGCUGCUGAAUGUAGCAAUACAGAUGGAUGUGUAUUCUAAUACCCCAGUUUCAAUGUAUGGAAUAUGAAAGCAAUGUGAUUUUAGAAAAUGAAACCAAUGGGAAGUAAGUCUGCAUUUUCAAAGUCUGUUUCUCAGCCAGAACAUCCAUUCUUCCAGGUGUCAUGCAGCCACAACCAGCAGUCUACAACAUUUAGGCAUCCUGUGACUGGCCAGUUUUCUCCAGAAAACAUAGAGUUUAUUUUACAUGAGGAGCAGAACUCACAUAUGUCAAAGCACCAGAUAAACCAAAGACCCCCAAGCAUGGUCAGUGAAUCAUCUACUGCAGUAACUACAUCCACUGUAGAUAUAAAACCUGGCUCCAAGGUGGUAAAAUCUGGCAAUAAAAUCCACAGCUUUGGGAAGAGGGACCAGGCUAUAAGGAGAAACCCUAAUGUUCCUGUUGUAGUAAGAGGAUGGCUUCACAAGCAAGAUAGCUCUGGGAUGAGAUUAUGGAAAAGACGCUGGUUUGUACUUGCUGAUUAUUGUUUAUUUUACUAUAAAGACAGCAGAGAAGAAUCUGUUCUUGGAAGUAUUCCAUUGCCUAGCUAUGUGAUCUCUCCAGUGGGACCUGAAGAUCAUAUAAAUCGCAAGUACUCCUUUAAGGCUGUCCAUACAGGUAUGAGAGCAUAUAUCUGUAAUAAGAAUUCUAUUAUUGGCUCUCAGGCAGAGCAUUCAGGGAUGCGCACGUACUACUUUAGUGCAGAUACUCAAGAAGAUAUGAAUUGCUGGAUCCGGGCUAUGAAUCAAGCUGCCCUUAUGCAAACACGGUCAUCACCAAAGAGAGAAAUAGGAAAAAUAGACCAGCAAGCUGUUCCCCAGGCUAAUCACAUAGAUGCCUGCAAAGAUUGUACAAAGUUAGAUCUUGCUGAUUCAAAAGGAAACUAUAGAAAAUCACCUGAAACCUCUGCAUAUAAUAAGCAUGAAGAGAAGAAAAAAACAAGAGAAGAUGGACAUUAUACUAUCAGGAAGAACACUGUGGAAUCAAAAAGGGAGAAAUCUAAACGUCUGUUAGAAGUUGGCACAUUGAAUCCAGAAUCAAGUGUGUCUCGGUCCCAAACAGCUCCGCCUUUUGAAAAGAAUGGAAUGCUUUCCAAUUCAUUAAAUGCAAGUACUGGGCCAGUAGAGCAGAAUGGUGUCAGUUUGUAUAAACGAGGAUUUAUUCCCAGACCAGCUCAAAAUAAGCAAACACAAAGGAAAAACAACAUGGCUCAUAUAGAACACUGGGUGAAAGUCCAGAAAGGAGACACAAAAAGUCUUGUAUCUGAUCAGACUCUUACUCGACAAGCACCAAGUCAUUCGGUAUCCUUUCCUGAAAACUAUCAUACAUUGCCAAAGAAUACCAGGCAGCCUUCAGGAAGCUCACCUCCUACAAACCGUAAUUUGCCAAGUGACUACAAAUAUGCUCAAGACCGUGUUAGCCACUUGAAGAUGUCCCAUGAUGAGAGAAGAGCAAAUAAAGAUGGUACUGUAUGGCAGCUAUAUGAGUGGCAACAAAGGCAGCAGUUUAAACAUGGCAGUCCGACUGCACCUGUUUAUAUUGGUUCCCCGGACUUUACCGACCGUGGAAAGGGAAGAAGUUCACUAGAUGUUCCACGUUCAGUUUCUGUUCCUCCAUCUCCUUCUGAUAUCCCUCCACCAGGACCACCUAAAAUCUUUCCUCCCCGACGACCACAUACUCCUGCAGAAAGGGUGACUGUCAAACCACCUGAUGAGAGACAGAUGAUAGAUAUGCCUUUUGCUGGAUCUCCAAGGAAGAUUCGAAACCAAACUAGAAAGAACUCAGCACACAUAGAUAGGCGCUCUAUGCCUACAAUGGGAUAUAUGACCCAUACUGUAAGUGCUCCAAGUUUGCAUGGUAAAUCGGCUGAUGAUACCUAUAUCCAGCUGAAGAAAGAUCUUGAAUAUUUGGAUCUGAAGAUAAAAAAUAAUGGACCUCUGAUCAACAUGGUUUACAAAGUGCUAAAGAGCUCAGCACAAGGGUUACUGUCCAGUAUAAAUAUGACAGGGCGUGAUACCAUAAAGGAACGCAAUACAAAACCUAUCAAAAUUGGAGAAAGUGAUGUUGAUGUGAAACUAAGUGUUUUCUGUGAACAAGACAGGAUUCUGCAAGAUCUAGAAGACAAAAUAAGAGCUCUGAAGGAAAACAAAGAUCAGUUGGAAUCCGUCUUAGAAGUGUUGCACAAGCAGAUGGAACAAUACAAAGAUCAGCCACAACACACAGAAAAGAUUUCAUACCAGCAGAAACUUUUGCAAGAGGAUCUCAUACACAUCCGGGCUGAAAUUUCCAAAGUAUCUACAGAAAUGGAAAAUGCCUGGAAUGAGUAUCUGAAAUUGGAAAAAGAUGUAGACCAGCUGAAGCGAGCCUUACAAGAACAGAUGAACCGAUUAUUUUUAUCUCAGGAGAAAGCUCAAAUACAAAAAGAUUUGUGGAGAAUUGAAGAUGUUACAGCUGGCCUAAGUGCUAAUAAAUCCAACUAUAAAGUCAUCAUAGAGUCUAUAAAGAAUCCAGAAAGAAAAACAGUGCCUUCAUUUUCAAAGCCCCUAGUGCCUUCAUUAUCAUCUACUCUCAUGUCAGCAGACAACAAACUUUCUACUCAGCAAAGCCCACCAUCUAGCCCUAUUAAGCCAUCUUUGGAAGUCAGACUUUUUCCUCAGCCUUAUACCCAGCCUAGAAUACUCUCUCCAUCUCAACAAGUGAAAAGAGUUGAGCCUCCAGUUCAGUCACCAGUAAAAUUAAAGCCAAAGGUUGAAGAUGAAGCGCCACCAAGACCUCCCCUUCCACAACUGUAUAACCCAGAUGACCCCCCACCCGCCGUACCCCCCCUUCCAAGGGAAGCCACAGUCAUCAGGCACACAUCAGUGCGAGGCUUGAAACGGCAGUCAGAUGAAAGGAAGCGAGACCGUGAACUAGGACAGUAUGUGAAUGGAGAUUACAGGGUAGAACUCCGCUCAUAUGUGAGCGAACCUGAAUUGGCAACUAUAGGCAGUGAGCUGAGCCAACCUUCCUUUGGAUUGCUAGGUAUUGAUGGUAGAUACCAAACGUUACCUACCAGAGGAUUGUCCGGCUCAACGUCUAGAUUACACCAGUCAUUCACAGUUUCAUCUUAUGCAACACUUCGAAGAGAUGGUUCCAAGGAAAGACCAAAGAGUGCCUUGGAGCGUUUAUACUCUGGAGACCACCAAAGAGGCAAGAUGAGUGCCGAGGAACAGCUAGAGAGAAUGAAGCGACAUCAAAAGGCAUUAGUUCGGGAACGCAAGAGAACUCUUGGCCAAGGAGAAAGACAGUCUGCCUCAUCACGUUCAUUUGCCCGGCCACUUUCUGCAGACAUAGGCUCAUGGAAGCGGGAGCAAGAAUUUGACUUGCAGCUACUGGAAAGAGCAAUGCGAACAGAACAGAAAGAGGAGAAUAACUGGGUAAAAAUAGAGCCUGUGUCAGUGACAGAAGCAGACCUAGAACUUGAAGAUUACAAAUUGGAUAUUAGCAGAGAGUUGUCAAAACCUGAAAAGGUUGCAAUUCCAGAGCGUUACGUUGAGCUGGAGCCAGAAGAACCUCUCACCCCAGAAGAGUUAGCAGCAAGGCACCGUACGGCAGAAAAAAUAAAGAAUAUCCUUACCAAGUCCAGUAUGCACAAUCUACAGCCUCCAGCUCAGGACAAUCACAUCUCUGCAAAUUUAGACUCACAGUUACAAGAGCAAGAACGCAUCAUUAACAUAUCAUAUGCACUGGCUUCUGAAGCCUCUCAGCGGAGCAAGGAGGUGGCAGCUCCGCAAUUGACCUACCCAUCUAAAGCACCCUCACCUUCUGUACCUCAGCCACCCCCUUUAAGCAAUGGAUUUCACUACACAUUUGUCUAAACACCUUGAAACCAAAGCAGUUACCGAACGCUGAUUUCUGAUGUACACCAGUGAACAAAGACCUACUGAACAAGAACAGCAAGGAUGAAGAAAAAAAAUCCUGACAUUAGCUUUCUCUGAUAUUUUUUUAUUUGAAUACAUGCUAUAAGUACUGUUUAUAACUGCACAGAAGUAUUUUGUACAAAAUAAGAAAACGAUUUAGUUUAUCUGCAUUUAGUCAUUUUUAAAAUACAAACAGCACUUUUAAUGUACAAUGUAAAAUAUUGACACUGGCCGCAACGCACCACAUAGUUAAGCGCAUUCGACUCCUGUUGUUGUUAAUAGGCCUUCUGGGUGUAAUUACCAGAUUGUUAGCCAGUGUAUUUUUAGGAACAGAAUAAAUAUUAGAUUUUUUUCUUUUAAAAAAAGGGCUACAUUCAUAUCAAAAUUCAAGCGCAUACUGUAAAGACAGGAUCUUUGUUUUAUUUUAAAGGAGGACGAUUUUUGAAAGCACAUCAGAGUGUCUAAGCAAAAGUGACUUGAGGUCUUUUUCUAUUUUUCUCAGAGCAGACAAUUCCUUUGUGACCGCUGGUUCAUAAUCAGGUGGAAUGUUAUUGAGGCAUUCAGAAUUGUAAAGAUUCUGAAACUCCAUGUAAAAACUAAAAGCAGCUGCAAAACACACAAAGAACUUUUUGUGUUUUAAUAAGUAUUGUACACACAUAGUUACAGAACUCUGUUGUAUUGUUGCAUAACCUAGUCCAACCUAAUGAGAGUUGGGUUAUAAGUUUUAAAUACAUUUUGUAUUUCAAACUUAGAAUCUGGGUAGUGAAAAACCUAGGGUAUAAUCCAGUCCUUAUUCUAAUUCAGGAGCAGCUUAUUUGGCCUAAAUAUAAAAUGGUUGGACCCUCUUUUCUUCCUAAUAGUCCUUGGUGCAGCUCAGCAACCAGCUCUGGUAGAUGUAUAAAAUGUUGAUUCCUCCUCUUCCUCUUAGGACCUGCAAUUGUAUGUCCCAGUAGGCAGCAAUGAAAAGCUAUUGAUAUACUGAGCCUGCACUGGGUUGCAAGCCUGGAUUCCAGUUAUUCGCACUCCUGAGUUUGAGUUGCAUGUUUCAUGCCAAUAUAGCAGGUUAAAAAAAUACAAAAGGCCCGCAUUUCCCUUAGCCCUUUGAGCAACAUGUUGGAGCGAACAGGGAGUGAGGAAACUGGUCUCUCUUGAGCUCAGUAGGAAUCCUCUCCGUAUGGGUCCUGCAUCUAAGGUGGAUCACCCACUUUAAACUGAAUUAUAUAAAGCAAUACAAUGAUAAGAGAAUGUAUCAUUUUAAUUAUAUAUUUAUACACACACACACACACACACACAUAUAUAUUCUCUUUAACCAAUAUUUUUCAGCAGGAAAAAAGAAUAAAUACAACUGUCUGUUUAAACUUUAUUAAUUCAGCUACUGCCUUAAUUUUCUUAUAUCUUAAACAGAAGAUAAUUUGUUAUAUCCUAGACUAGAGAUUGGCUAAUGGAAAGAUAUAAUGACUAACAAUUGUUUUGAACUUGAAAAUGUGUUAAAACACAAAAGAUUUGAUCCCAAUCUAAUUGUAACUCUUAAUAGAUCAAUUAAAAUAAGUGGGAAUUAAGACCUAAUGUGAGUUGUUUGCAAAUAUCCAAAAUAUUUAUAAUGAAUGAGUUGACACAUAUUUGAAGUGCACUGUAAAAAGUAUUUCCACGUUCUGGUACAGUGCAUUCAUUUUUACAUAGGAGAACAAAUAUAAGAAAAAAAAUCAUAAUUUGGACUCUUUGGUAAAUUUAAUAAUUUAAGCUGUCAUGUCGGAUCUAUAUGUUAACCUCUCUACAUGAGUGUGCUGUCAGUAGUCCUGACAUUUUCACUAUCAUAUCUCCAUCUGCUGCUCUGAGAGGCUUUCUAGUUUUGCUUGCAAUUCACACAGAUCUUUAAGUCAUGGCAAAUCACCACCUGAUAAUUUGGUCUCGAUUUACAAAACUGGAUUCUAGAUCUGCAGAUCUAGAGCCUCUAUUUGAGUAUAGAGAGUUUUGAGUGGCAUUCAUGUAGAGAAUGUAACAUGUAACUGGACUUUUCUAACAAUUUUAUAGUUAUUAAAGGCUUUUAGAACACGAACCUCCCAGGUGCAUUUUUGAGAAGAGACAAUUUGGUGUAAACAAUGGGGAAAAGGGAACUCUGCCUUCUCAAAAACUGAGAUCCAGAAAAAUCCAGUAACCAUAAUGCCCCUUCUCUUUUGGGCCGCUACUUCUAUAAGGAACUGAAAAAUAAAUAGAAUGCACUUUAAAAAUGAAAAUUUUGAAAAAAUAUUUCAAAAUGUUUUUCCGUGGCCAGGAUCAAGUGAUUUACUUUCACUAUAUCUUCAGAAUCAGUGAUCAUCCUGUGGCUCCCCAUUAUACCUUGGAAAGGCCUUUUACAACAGGUUUUUGUUUUCACAAAGGGCAGGAGGUCUAAUUCCACUAGUUUUAGGAACAAGAACAUGCCUUUGGUUCUUGGCCCGUGAUGGUUUUCCAAAAUAAGAGCUGUAGAAAAGCUGGUUGGUUGGUUUUGUUACUUUGACCAGCAAAUUCCCUGCAGUGGGUUGCAAGCUAGCAUUGCAAUUUUGGAAUAGACUUCGAAUUUUGGUUGCUAUGCUGCUUGGGUUAUUUUACAAUGGUUAAAAGGCUUCCAGGUACCUUAGAUAAGCUUAGAUGAACUUUCUGCACUGUAACCCACCAAAUUUAAUGAACUUACCUCUGAAGUCAAAUGAAUUCUUCAUGAUAUACAAAUGUGCUUCAGAGUAGAGUAGAAUGCUCAGAAAAAAAUGUGGCACAUUCAGGCAUCCAAAAGCAGGUGGGAAAUAGAGUACUUUAAGAAACAGAUGAGGAGGUUGGUACUACCAAGAGCUUGGUACUAAAACCAGUCUUUUCUCUUUUUGAGAUACAGUCUUGGUCUUCAAUUUUGUGUGGAUCAACCUGUAUUUCUUGCAAAAUGCACCAUGUUUCAUGUGUUGCAGGUGUAAAUAUUUAUAUCUUACACAGAAAUAAUCUCUGUAAGAAAAUUUCAUGUGAAUGCUGGCAUUAAUCUUUUUCUCAGACUCAGCUCAAUUGUCUGCAUUUCUUAAAAGAAUAGCAAGUACAGUCUAAUACGAGCCAGUUUCAGACUUUCUUUUAUUAAGAGUAGUCAAGAGAUGGAUUCAGGCUUGUUUUCUACUCACUGAAAAAAAGAGUUUCACAUAAGAGAAACAAUUUAUUCAUGUUCUCCAUCAGUAAAUUAUUUAAGUAAAAACACUGUUCCCACCUAACUUAUGCCUCUUAUGCAAAUAAAUAAAUAAAUACACAACUGCAGCUAUGUUUAAGAUUAUUAAAUAAAAAACUUCCUCUAUUUUAGCUACGCUCUUCUUGAGAAAUGUAUUUAGAAAAUUCAAUCUAUUUUUAACUAACAGAAAACUGCCAGUGUCAAGUCUGUAACAUUUUGCCAAAAUGAAAUUAUUUUAUUUUUGCCUUUAUUAAAAUGUUGAAAUAAAUAUUUUGCAACAAAUCAUUAAUUUAAAUGUAACCAUUUGGGAAUAAUGUACAUGUACAUAUUAAACUAUUAACAUAAUUUU